AUGGUUAGACUUACUUCUUUGCUCUCCCUCCUCUUCAUCUCUGCCUCCACUGCCCUUCCUAUCCUCGAGGAGCGCGCUGCCACAACCUGCAGAUCUACCGCAUACACAGCCGCACAAGUAAACAGUGCUGCUCAACAAGCGUACGCCUACUACUCAAAAGGCCAGACCGUCGGAAGCAAUGACUACCCACACCCCUACAACAACCGCGAGGGAUUUAAUUUCGCAGUUAGUGGUCCUUACCAAGGGUUUCCCUUGCUUGCUAGCAAACAAGUCUACACGGGUGGUAGCCCAGGUCGUAAGUCAAUAUUAUCUCAACCUCAAUUGAACCAUGUAUUAAUUGUGAAAAAUAGCCGACCGCGUGAUUAUCAACACCUCCGGAAAACUUGCCGGCGCAAUUACACACACUAGUGCCAGUGGAAACGACUUUGUUGGAUGCACCGGACCAAGCUAG